UGCCUAUUUUUUGAUUCAAUUAAAUCCAACCCUUCCAACCGUGGUUGGAGUUGCUCGUGUCGGAAGGCGCCGGAAAAUUUGAUACCGUGGUUCGGCAUCGAAAAAGUGCGAAUACUUUGUUAUCCAAAAUGUGGCUUCGACUAGGAUUUUUGGUUUUAUUCUGUGGCUCUGUUAUUGAAUCUUCGAAUAUUUUGGUUUUGUUCCCGUCCCUGGCUUCAGGUCAACAAAUGCCGGUCAAUGCUUUGGUGGAGGCCUUGUUGGAGAAAGGUCAUCAGGUCACAUUAAUUGGCCCAUCUACUUUGGAGGAUCAACACGCCAAUUACUCCUACGCAAAGCUACCCUCAGAGUAUUAUUCGCCCUAUGAUGUCAACCCUGUCCUGGGGGUGGACUUGCAGCGACCUGUGACAAAAUGGGAGCUGCUUAGUCUGGUGCCCAACUACGUGAGAUAUGUCGAGAGCUUGUUAGCGAGUGACCGGUUCCAACGAAUCAGGAGGGAGAUCCGGUCGCAGAACAUGACUUUCGACUCUGUGAUCGUGGACGCGAACUACGCGACGCAUCUGUCGAUCGCCGCGGAUCUGCUGGCUGGUCCAGGACGGAAGCCGGUCAUCGCGCUGAGCACCCUCCCCUCGCCAUGGCUAAUCGACGAGCACUUGGGAUCCUUCAACCACCUGUCCUUCAGCCCCUCCAUCCUCAGCCCCUACACCGACCGCAUGAACGUCUUCCAGAAGAUCGAGAACUGGCUCAGCCACACCUACAUCAAGUACCGCGUCAAGUCAAUCAUCACUAGCUCGGCUGUCGAGCACUUCAGGUCGGAGCUGGGAGAGAAAACUUCGGAAGUUGUCGAUGCCUCUUGGGAACGGGUGGAUUUACUGCUGGUGGCCUCCAACAGUAUCUACAACUAUCCACGAUUAUACGGACCCAACGUUGUGGAGGUUGGACCUUUGCACAUCCAAGGAACACCUCAAAAAUUGUCUCAGAGCGUGAAGACAUUUUUGGACGGUGCGGAGACGGGAGUGAUUUACUUCAGCCUCGGGAGUCACAUCCGAGCGAAAUCUCUGACCGACUACGUCAUCGCCAAUUUUCUGCGGGUCUUCGCCGAGUUACCGAGAGGAUACCGGGUGCUCUGGAAGUGGGAAUCGGAUGACCCCAUUCCCGGUCACCCUGAUUUUAUCCUCACCCAAAAAUGGGUCCAGCAGCAAAGCGUCCUCGCUCAUCCAAAGGUGAAGGUUUUCAUCACACACGGCGGUUUCCAAAGUUUCCAGGAGGCAGUUCACUUCGGGGUUCCUCUGAUCGGCAUACCAUGGUUCGCAGACCAGGAAAUGACGGUGCAAAAAAUCAUCGAUGCUGGUGUGGGAGUGAAACUGGAACAUUCCACCCUUACUUCUUAUGAAAGCAUCAGAGAUGUUGUGCAUGGAUUCUUAGCUGACGAAAACUACGCUACGUUCUCAAGGAACAUGGAGCUAUUGUCAGGAAGGAGCAAAGGUCUAACGGCAAAGGCGAGCGACACUGCAACUUUCUGGGUCGAAUACGUCACAAAAGUCGGAGGAGCAUUUCACCUUCGACCAUCCACAGCAGACGCGACCCUCAUCGAGUAUUUCUGUUUCGAUAUUUUUAUUGUCGUUACAAUACUCGCAGUCACAGCUGUAUAUGGUGGUCCCAAAGUUUUCCCAUAAAUGAUGGUGUUUGAGUGAUUGUGGUAUUCCGCCGUGCUGAGGAUGAACGCCGUAUGAACAUUCGAGAGUUGCCAAAUUUCCUUCGAUGAAAUGUUCAUCUUUAAGGAAUGUUAUUAUUAUUUAGACCGCGCAAAGACAUGAAGACGGAGUGCUCGUAUCUAAAAGCACGCGGAAGAAGUGAAGCCAUUCUGGCGAUGUGAAUCCAUGCGCGGGAAACGAUUUGAUUUGAACUUGUCCUCUUCACUUUUCCAUAUUUCUUCUUCGAAUCUCAUUGAAAAUGCCUAAAACGAACCGAUAAAUAAAGUUGGGAUUUUGAAUUUUUAUUAAAAGCUAGUUUGGCUUCGUAACAAGGAGGAAUCAGAUUAAGUGGCUGUGAAUCUAUGCGCGGGAAUUGAAACUUGAUUUGAAUUUGUCCUCUUGAUUUUUCUACAUUUCUUCCUCUAAUCUCGUUUUAUUUGCCUGAAACGAAUAAGUAAAUAAAUAAAGUUGGGAUUUUGAAUUUUUAUAAUAAACCUAUUUUGGCUUGGUAACAAGGAGGAAUCUCACAGGAAUAUCAGAUAAAGUUUGUUUUUCUGCUGCUCUAACCAAAAGGAGAGCUGGCUUCAUUUUCUUCUUCCAGCGCUCCGUCUUUAUGUCUUUGGGACCGCGUUAACCAGGAAGAAACCAAGCCACAUCAGCUAUUGCCAAAUUUAAUUGAGCAAUUUAAUUUUUCACAUGAAAACGGUUGUUCUUCAUUUUCUUCUUCUAGCGUUCCGUCUUUAGGUCUUUGGGACCGCGUUAACCAGGAAGAAACCAAGCCACAUCAGCUAUUGCAAAAUUUAAUUGAGCAAUUUAAUUUUUUACAU